CGCGGAUUGGCUGACGGGAGCUGGUUGGGCUGAGGGCCGCGGGGCCGGCUCCCGGCGUCAGGGAUGCGGCUGCCGGCCGCGUAGGGGCCAUGCAGCCCGGGUCCCGGGCCUGUCCCGCUCCGCGCCCCGGCCGCCGCGCCCCGCGUGCGUGCCGGCAUGGUGAACCUGGCGGCCAUCGUGUGGCGCCGGCUCCUGCGGAAGAGGUGGGUGCUCGCCCUGGUCUUCGGGCUCUCGCUCGUCUACUUCCUCACCAGCACCUUCAAGCAGGAGGAGAGGGCAGUGAGAGAUCGGAAUCUCCUCCAAGUUCAAGACCAUGAUCAGCCCAUUCUGUGGAAAGUGCAAUUUAACUUGGGCAAUAGCAGUCGGCCUAGCAACCAGUGCCGGAACUCCAUUCAAGGGAAGCACCUCAUCACCGACGAACUGGGAUAUGUUUGUGAACGGAAGGAUUUGCUGGCAAAUGGCUGCUGUAAUGUCAACGUCCCGGGCACCAAGCAAUACUGCUGUGAUGGCUGCUUGUCCAAUGGCUGCUGUGGUGCUUACGAGCAUUGCGUCUCCUGCUGCUUGCAGCCCAACAAGCAACUUCUCCUGGAACGCUUCCUCAACCGGGCAGCUGUAGCAUUCCAGAACCUCUUCAUGGCAGUCGAAGAUCACUUUGAAUUGUGUUUGGCUAAAUGCCGGACCUCAUCCCAGGUCAGAAUCUUUGAUGUUUCUAGAAAGCUGGAAGAUGGGCAGAGCGUACAGCAUGAGAACACCUAUAGGGAUCCCAUAGCAAAGUACUGCUACGGAGAGAGCCCUCCCGAGCUCUUCCCCGCGUGAUGGGCGCACACGCGGCUGAAGCACUUGCCGCCCGAAGCCAGGCGUCAGCGGGGCGCUAUUCCGCUGGAAGAAGAGAGAGGCGUCGUGUGGAAACCUUGGCCUUGACCACUUCUUGGGUUGUACUCUUUGGCUUCACUCCCCGUCGAGCUUUACCAGAUGGGACUGUUCUGUGAAGCAGCUUGGAAACACCAGCAGGUCACAUUCGAAAAAGACAGAACUGCAGGCGACCGUGCGCUUUGAGCACCUCGACCAUCGCAGCUGCUCUGGGAUCUGUGCUCGCUCACAGUUCUCAUCGGGGCCCUUCCCUGUAACGCUAUUUAUUGGAUUUCUUUGGAGUAGUGGGAAAAUUAAAAUGUUUUAUAUAGGACAAUGCCUUGCCUCGACAGUCGAAUAUAUUCAAGGAAAUUGUUAUUGUUCUUAUUGUGUUCUUGAGUUUCAUGAGUUAAAUCAUCCCUUCACCCAACUAAAACGUUUGGCCUCUCAGACGUGCAUGUUCUCUCAAGGUAGUUACUUUGGUUUUGUUUUAACAGCAUCUUCAGGAGUGGGCCCUGAACACCGUAUGCUGACAUCUAGAACUGUCUAAGAUCUCUGUUUUAAUCUGGUGCCAACUUUCUAGCAGCUGGCACCACGUGCUCUUAGGUUUUUUUCAAGUGGGAUUUGGGACUCGUAUACCUAUGUGCAAGCACCGUUUUAACUACAAAUUCUGACUUAUCAUCCUGGAGGAUUUUGUUCUCAUUUCCUAUGACAUGAUCGGUCUGCUUCGCCGUGGUCCAGUGGGAGCCUCAGGAAAAUCACCAGCAGCCUCCUGUCCUCUCCUGUCGUGGGAACCCUGUGCUAAGGUGAUACCUCAAUGGAGAUACAUCUAGCAACUGGCUAUAAGCAGUUGUCCUUUAUUGCCUUCAGCUUCAGGAGUUGUAACAGGUACAGAUGUUUAGUUUCCCUUUGAUUUGCAAAGAAGAAGCAAACGCAAGUUUUUAUCAAGGAACUGUAAGAGACAUAUCUCCCCUCAGUGGGACGAGUGAAUGAACACCGGACACGCAGGUUGCCGGUCCACGUGCUCUAGGCACACCUCAUGUUUUGAGCACAACACUCUCUGGGUCAAGGCCGAGAGUAUUCAGUCCUCAGAUCAAGAUACUCCUCUUGAAUAGUACUACUCUUUCUAAUAGUACUUGCUCUCGGGAGUUGCAUUAACUCACAACUCUUUGCUGGAGUCAUUCGCUGACCCGGAUUUGGGCAAGGUCAUUUUUGUUUUUUUGGUCAUUCGAGUUGUUGACUUUGGAGCAGGGCACUAGUUUUACAAUUAGCUUUCAACGUUUGUUUUUCUCGUGGAGCUUUUUCUUUGGGCCCUGUUUGCCUUCCACUAUGUUUCUGCAGUAUGUAGCAGUAAUUUCCCAUAACUUCCUCCUAUUCUUAUACUUCCCAAAGUAGUUUGUUUCCCUAAAUAAGUUUUUUUGGAGAGUAAACUGUCUGGCAAUUGUUUUUGAAUGUUAGAUCCCAAGAAAUGUAUUCAGUUGCAGUGGACUUUUCAGAUUCUCUAUGUAUUCACCGGUGCUAAGUCAAACUUUGUAUGUGAAAGAAACAUGCGUUACCGGAUGUUUUACCAUCUCAUCCUUUUUGGUAACUCAAUAUGAUGUUUGAGUUUGCCUUCUGUCAGUUGUCACUGGUAUCAGCCUCUCCUUUGAACUUAUUUGAACUCUUGAGCAAUAUAAAAUAGAUUUAAUGUGAAA